AGCCCCAUCUAUAGGAUUAUCCUUUCAAUCUAAAUGUCGACGACACAGAACUCAGCUACUCAGAGACGAUGGCCAUUCAGCGCUGCCCAGACUACCGGAACCGCCAAUCAGGAGCUUUUAUGCUCAUUGCUCACAGUAGGCGAUCUGGACGAAAUAUCUAACUCAGAUGAUUUCGAAGCAGUUGAGAGAUACAUCACCAACCGAGGAAGAGUGGACGCAUCGGGAAAGACGACGUGCGGUGUUAUGUUUUGGUUGUAUCCGACGGGCCUGUAUGGACCAUAUCACGAUACCGAGGAGGGGGGGAUUGAGCAGCAUGGGACUUUGAUUACUAUGGAGAGCGGAAUAGCUGUGGCAGAGGCUAUGCAAAGAAUAAGGACUGCAUUUAGAACCAGUGGUAUUGGGCAUGAACACAUUGCCCCUUUGUCGGCCUGAAGCUUGAAGACUCGAAUAUUGGAGGCAAUCUUGGAGAAGAUGGGCACAAGAGAGCGAGGACUUUGUCCCGAUUGACGACAUCAAAUCUGUCACAUAGAGUCGCAGAUUUUUGUACGGAUAACAAGUCCUUCAUUGUCGCUUUCAGUACUUGUAUGUUUUGAUAGCGAUGUCCAAGGAUGUUUGUAUGAUCAGCCGUUUGCAGCCCAGCUG